UCUCCUUGGCUAUUAGCAUUUGUGCCUAUAAGAAGCUGCCAUAGAGUUCUGAAGGACAAGUAUGGGGAGUUUUCUUCUCCAGCAUACCGUGGUGAUUUCCCCAUAAGCUUCUGGUGCAACUGGACAAUCUGGGCAGGCUCCAGAAAGCACAUAAUAAUUUAUAUUCAAGGCUUUAACACUAAGGAGGACUGCAACAAAAAUGAGGACAAAAUUCUAUUUGAAGGAGUUUCUUCACUGGUGGAAAACAGUGUUAUUUAUUCUUGCUGGAAAAAGGAGAUGCAUGUUUUUGCCACCUUUGCUCAGGCUGUCCACGUUGUGUUGCUGAAGAGGUACUUGCCAAACUGCAGAGAUGCACAGUUUAAAGGGAAAUACUACAUCUUCCAAGACCAGGAAGGUGAAUCUUCCUCCAAAGAUCAUAUUACUUCUGAAACUCCUGCUCCAAAACCACCAAAGCAACACAGUAUUUUUCAGUCUGGCUGGGUUGAAAACCUUAGAAGUGUGCUGGGCUUUUCAACCACGUGUAGCACCAUGAGACUUGGCAAGACCGCAGUGCUAGGUGGUGAACUGAUGCAGGAAAGAGGGACCACUCUGAAUACCAUGGCUGUGGGAAGUCCUAUUGAGCUCAUCCCAAGUGAACGUGCAAAGAUGCUGCCUCUGGAAACAAAAGCUCCUGCUGAGCUGGGGUCUGAGCUGCCGGGGGUUCAGGAAGCUCAAGGCACAGGAACACCUGAGGGUAUAAUCCCCACUGCAGCACAGGACAGCUGGGGGCAGAGCCUCUCUGUGAGCGGGGACAUCACUGUGGGUUUUGGCUAUACGCUCAGGCUUUCAAGUGUGCUUUUGGAAACUCCUUUGCUCGGUGCCUUGCAUGCAGCAGAACCUCUUUUGCAGCCAGCAGGUGUGAGUCUGGAGAACAGCCAGUCUGUCCUGAGCACUACCUUGAAGCCAAAAGGUCUGGGUGACCUACAAUUUACUAUUAAACCAACACGCACAGGUUGCCUGGACUCGGCUGCACGCUCGCAAUCUGUGUCCCCUGGCAGAGGAGAAAGCCAAGAAAGUGCAGGUACCACCAGGAACCAGCAGCUCAGCACAGUCAGCUUGGAGGAGGGUGAAAGCCAUCCCCAGCUGAGCAUCCCAGCUGAUGGCACAGCGAGCAGUGAAGCCGAUGGCCUUGCACAAGGCCUGACGCCCAGCCUGAGCAGCCCCUACGAAGUGGUAAACAAAGACCACUUGAAUCUGCUACCUGAGAGAAGCCCGAGCUGCCAAAGCAGUUUAAGGCACUUGUCCACACCUAAAUCUGAGCUGGGAACAGCUGGCCUCCAACAUACAAAGCUCAUGGGUAUUUCCCCUCUGGAAAGCUCUAGGGGUGUUGUCAGGAGGAAAACAGCGCUGCUCCCCACAGCACCGCGGGACAUCCUGCAAGAGCAUCCUCAUUUGCGUGGCCGGAGCAGUCAUGUCCUGCACUUGGACCCUACAAACAAAAAGCUUCCCCAAAAUGCCCAAACACGUGACUGUCCAGCUGCUGAGAAAGCUCAUGUGUAUUCCUUGGGUGUACAAAGCUGCGACCACCAAAGCGACAGAGCUGCACAGCCCGGGCUGGCUGCACACACUUUGCCAGCAGGGCUGGAGCAUCCUCUCACACCCAUGCCUGCCUCAGGGGCAGAAACAACCCCUCUGCUGGUGACCUCCAGCACAGCACCUGUCCCUGUAGACUUCAGCUCUACGAAUUUAAUCCCUGAAGCACCUCUUCCUCCACAAGUGGAACCUGUGUCCAAGGUGGCCUCUCUACCAGCCGCUUUGGAUCUGGACCUUGUCGGUCCCAGGCGAAAGGUGGCCAUGUCCCCAGCUAGCCCAGGAGGACAGGAGAUGGUCUGCCCUUCACCACCUUGCCACUCAUCACAGCAGAGAACUGUCUCCUUCAGCACCACUCCUGCACAUCCUGAUCUUCCUGCAGCCCCGUGGGAAGGAACACUACCAAGAGACCAAAAGCCUUGGGAUCCCUCUGAUGUAUCCAGAAACACCCAGACACCAGGACAGCAACAGAAACAUGCUGAGUUGGGACCUCCCUGGGCAGUGGAGUACUUUCCCCUCAGAAGCUGCCAUCUCAUCUUUUGGGAUAGGUCUGGGGUGUUUUACCUCCCGCUGCAUGCUGACAUUAAAACCAACAUCUGGUGCAACUGGACCAUCUGGGCAGGCCCCCAGAAGCACAUUGUUAUCUAUGUCCAGGGAUUUGAGGGGAGCGACGGCUGUGGCAACAACCAGGACAAGAUCAUCUUCCAGGGGGUCUCAUCAACUGUGGAAACCAAAGUGGUCUAUGCCUGCCACAACCGAGGCACUCUGGUCUUUGCUACGCAAGCUGCUGAGGUCCAGGUGUUGUUUCUCUCAGGGACUGGCUCCCAAAGCCAUAAAUACAGAUAUUUUAAGGGACAGUAUUACAUAUUCAGAGACUCUGAAGCUGUGGGCUCUUCAAACGAUACCAUAGCAGCUCCCCAAGAGCCUGACAAGGAGACCUCUAAAAAGAGAGCUGGAGGACAGAGGCAACAAAGGGUUUACUGUCCAUGCUCACUGCCUCUCCAGGCCCACCAGCUACCCCUGCUGGUGGCAGGAUCCAGCCUGAGCUUGUGAGCCCAGAUGGAAAGGCCCAACACCCUCCCGAUCCCAUAGAAGAUGCUCAGUUUGGUACUAACCUGAGCAAGCUUGACCCGAGUGAGCAUGGUCAGCUGCAGGAUGAAACCAAGCUGGAAAAGAGCCUUCAGGACGGUGGCACUGAGAGCAGAGAAACUGAAGAUGAUGUGUUGGUGAAGACAGCUCCAGCUGGGCAAGACGCUGGGCGUAAAGAUGAGCCAUCUGCUGUGGAGCUGACCAGGGGAGUGUAGAGCCAGUAACUGCCCUGGCCACCGUGGUCCCAAGUCACUCAACUGAUUUUCCUUUCUCAGAGGUGCCCAGCAGUGACACAGGUGUCUCUGACAAAUCAUCCAGUCGG